AUGUUCAUACUACAUUCCAGCCUUCUGUUUCUAUCUUUUACAAUUUGUCGAGGAGAAGGUCUAUCAGAUGACAUCUACGUUACAAUACCAGUUGUAGAAGGCGUAGCUGGUUACCGAAUUUUCAAUGGAACGCAUCAGUUCGGAUUCCACACGGACUCCCGUGGUGUUGUGGUUAUGAUGAAAAAAGGAGAACGGGCUGGAUUGUUAGAUUGCUGGAGGAGUCGAUUUCGUGGCUACCUCGGCAAAUAUCAUGUCGUUUUGUCCGCUGAUACGAUUGAUAGGUCCCUCGUGCAGAAUAUUUUGGAAUCGACUUGCAUCGCUGGUUUAAUGAUAACCGAUCCCGAGUCGAACAUCGAUCCAAGUGAACCUCUGUCACACGAUGGAGUUUGUCCUAACCCAAAAAGUGGUGUAUAUACGGAAGGAUGUGCUACUACUAACCAUUGGAACGAGAAAGGAUAUGUACUAUCUGAUGGUCUCAGAAAUAUUGACUGGAAGAUGCAGAUACUUUAUUUGUUUAACAAAACUCAUGUAGAUGCAGUCAAGAAAUGUCAUGACUUGUUCAAUGUACCCAAGGACGGAGCUUCAUUCGUGUCCUUUCCAUUCUGUGCUGCUUCUUUCGGUGUAUUCAGCACAGCUGCGGGUUCAAGCGAGAUUUGUUACAGGAGAAGUAAACCUUGGUCUCGUUUAUUCGAUCUGAGCAUUGAAAAUAAAGAUGACCUAUGUAGCCCUCUUGUCGGUGUCAACGUCAUGGCUUACUUGCCUCCUAAGGUUUACAACGCAACUGCUACUCCCUAUUCUGCUAGAUAUUUGAUGCUAUGCUCCAGGAUGGACAGCUUCGGGCUUAUUCCGGAGGUAUCACCUGGAGAAGUCAGCGUGCUCACCUCUGUCGUUGCUCUACUAACCACUACUCGAGCUAUAGGUCAACAUCUAGAUGUUUUUGAACGUGCUGCGAACACAUCGAAUCGUCACGUCAUCGUUGCCUUCUUUGAUGGGGAGUCCUUCGAUUACAUAGGAAGCAGCGACACAGCAUACGACAUGAUCAAUGGCGAGUUCCCUAGAAAACUGAGAAGCGACUUGAAAGCUCAGCUCGAUCCAAUAAUUGCUGCACAAUUGGAUAGUAUCGUAGAAGUUCAGCAACUUGGUACUGGUGAUGGAACUGGAUCACUGUACGCUGGUGCUGAUGGGAAACAGUACGAACAAGGAAAGCUGGAUGACCUGCUCAAAUCACUAACAGAUGGAGCAAUUGCUGCUGGGGGUUCGUUAGUUGCACCUACAAAGAAGUCCCGCAUGCCUCCAGCGAGCUGGCACUCGUUUGCUCGCAUAGCUCCUUCCACACGUGGAGUAGUGUUGGCGCCAUUCCGAGAUGAAUACAAUUAUCGCCGUAUAAAUUCUAUUCUUGAUCGUGCUCAAUGGACUUCUGGACAGCGAUCAGCUGCUAUUACUGAGAUAGUGAUUGCCGCAAGAGCUAUGCUUAAUGCUGCUGCAGACCACGUUGGUCUCGAUACUGCUCAGAAAAUGGCAUUGGACAUUGACAAGGAUUUUGUUUCUUCGUUAUUCGAGUGCUUCAUUGAUGAACCCGAUUGGUUCAGGUGCGAUUUUUUCAAAAGAAUUAAUGGUGGUCGAUUCAAAGCUUCAACAGCUUUCUAUUCGGGGAAAUCCACAUAUGUAUCGGCUGGAUAUCGCAAUCCUUUGCGUUUUUUCGUUGAAUGGUUAACAACAUAUGCAGCCGGAUCAACUUCCUAUACUAGCAACGUUAAGGACGAGAAAACUUGUGACGACUUGGGAAAGGAUCAGAACGUGUAUGCUUAUACAUGGCAAGCUGAUCCGAAAACUGGUGCCCAUUACUGUUAUCGUAUUUCCAUGGGGACGUACACAGUAAGCUCUCCGGCGUUUAGAAUAGAAGGAUAUGAUUUCUCUAACGGCACAUAUUCUACUUGGACGGAAUCUUUGUAUAAUAUCGAUAAUCUUCGUCUCUACCUCGUAGAGCAAGAGUCUUUCGAGAAAGUUAUGUUAUGCUUAGGAAUCGCAAUAGCAAUAUUUUCUUUUCUGGUUGUUGGUCGAUGUAGUGAAGAGUCGUUUAUUAUUGACGAGGGUUUUUUCUCCCUCAUUUUGCUGAACUCGUCACUUACUUUCCGAGUAUUUCAAAAAUUUCUAUUCUAUUCUACUCUUUUGUAUGCUGUGAAUGGUGGACAGUUUGUAAACACAUGGAAUACUAUAAUCCCGGUUUUUAUAAACGAGGAGAAAGUAUGCACAUUAUGUCAAGGAGAAGUCAUAGCUGACAAAAUCUACAUCGAGAUAGACGUAACCGAGGGUUCAGCCGGUUACCGGCUCUUUAACGGCACACAUCAGUUUGGCUUUCACAGUUCCGAAUCGGAUUAUAAUGGUGUAGUGGUGUUCCUGAAGGAGGACGAACUCAAACAACUGCGUGAUUGUUGGAGAGAACGUUUUAAAGACUAUUUUGGAAAAUACCAUGUCGUUCUAAGCACAAAUUCGAUCAAUCGUGUUGUCGUCGAUAGUAUCCUGGAGUCAAGUUGUAUUGCCGGCUUGAUAGUUAUUGAUUCUGAAUCAGAGCUGGAUCCAACUGAACGUUUCUCGCAUGACGGUGCAUGUCCGAAUCCAAACAGUGAUACAUACAAUGAUGGAUGUUCAUCCGCCACCGCCUGGAAUGACCACGGGUAUAUCCUAUUUGAAGGACUUCGCAAUAUCGACUGGAAAAUGCAGAUAUUGUACGUAUACAACGAUUCCAGUAUCGAGAUUAUAAAAAAGUGUCACGACAUGUUCAAUGUACCAACUAAAGGAACUUCAUCUGUGUCAUUUCCGUUUUGUGGCGCGUCAUUCGGUUUAUUCAACAUGGGUGCAGGUUCUACGGAAAUUUGCAGCCGGAGAACUCGGUCCUGGAAUCGAUUAGUCAGCGAAGCAUUUGGAAUGAGCGAUUCCUUCUGUGACCCUCUGAAUGGUGUGAAUAUUUUGGCAUAUUUUCCUCCUAAGGUCUAUAAUGCCUCAUCUAAACUUCCGGAUAAUAGUUAUUUGAUAUUAUCAGCUCGGAUGGACAGUUUUGGAUUAAUUCCGGAGAUUUCACCUGGAGACAUCAGUGCUAUCACGUCUGUUAUAGCUGUGCUAGCAGUUGCUCGUGCCAUUGGAUCACAUGCUGAGGCCUUUGAAGAAGCAGCGAUUAUUUCGAAUAAAUACAUUCUAAUCGCUCUUUUCGAUGGAGAGUCCUUUGAAAACAUAGGAAGCAGCGACGCUGCCUAUUCCAUGACGAUAGAAGCAUUUCCGCGAAAGCUGAAAAGUGUUUCGGUACCUCAGCUUGACUUAAUCGGGAUUCCACAGUUGGAUGCGAUCAUUGAAGUUCAGCAACUGGGAACUGGUGAUGGUUCUACGCUUAACAUCCUUGCUGAUGGUGAACAGUUUCAGAGUGAUAAACUAAAAAAUAUGCUGGAUUCACUAUCUAGGGGAGCUGAGGCGGUUGGAGGCUCACUUAACUAUCCCACUGCCAGUUCUCGGAUGCCUCCUUCAAGCUGGCAUUCUUUCGCUCGAUUCUCUCGUUCUAUAAAAGGAGUAGUCCUGGCACCAUUUAGUAACAAGUAUGAAUAUCGCCGCAUCAACUCUAUGCUUGAUAGUGUCAAUUGGACCGCUGAGCAGCGAUCGGCAGCCAUCUCGGAAAUCACUCUUGCUGCCAGUUCUCUCCUCUAUGCUGCUGCCGAUCAUGUUCGCUUGAAUCCUUCUGCCAAUAUUUCGCUUGAAAUUGAUAGGGAUUUUGUGUCCGUUCUUGUUGAGUGCUUCAUCGACUCACCGAAUUGGAUUGAAUGUGAUUUUUUCAAGAAGAUGGACCUUAGUCAACAUAUACGACCAGAUUUUUAUCCUGGAAAGUCAACCUAUAUUUCUGCUGGUUCUCGCAACAGUUUACGCCCAUUUGCUUUUUUUGCACUUAAUUACGCAAUUGGCUCGACAUCUACUACAAUUAACGUUACUGAUUCAGUAUCAUGUGAGAAGCUGGCUAAGAAUCAGCAUGUAUACUACUAUAUUUGGCAAGUGGAUCCGAAUUCUGGAAUACGUCAUUGUUAUCGUACGCCUGUAUCUUUAUUCGAAGUGGUUUCUCCCGCAUUUCAAAUUAAAGGUUACAACUUCACUAACAACACAUUUUCGACGUGGACAGAAUCUCACUACAGAAUUGAGAACUUACGUCUAUAUCUUGUGAUUGACACAUCAUUUGAAUACAUUAUGUUCGGGAUUGGAAUUGCUUUCCUUAUUGUUUCGUUUUUGAUUGUCGGUCGCUGCAACGAUGACACUUUUAUGAUUAAAGCGAGAGAACAUUCCAGUGAAGGAGAAUAA